UUCAGCUUUUCAAAAACUCUAAGUCUUUGUUUGUUCUUCCUUGGUUUUUCAAUGGCUAAGUCCAUUUUCAGAUGUCAAAGCAAAGUUUUUUUAGCAUUGGGGUUCUUUUGUUUCAUGCAGAUGAUGAUUCAAAAGGCUCAUGCAAGACAAUUCCAAGUCAAUUGGGGUCUUCACAAUGGCUCCAAUGCUGAAAAUUACAAUCAAUGGGCUGAAAAGAACAGAUUUCAGACUGGAGACUCACUUGUGUUUAGCUAUGCACCAAAUGAUGAUUCAGUGCUGCAUGUGACCGAGGAGGCCUACAAGAACUGCAAUUUAGAAUCACCAAUCGCCAAAUACACCGAUGGCCACACUGUUUUCUCAUUGGAUCAUUCAGGUCCUUACUAUUUCAUCAGUGGCAACAAAGACAACUGUGGAAAAAACGAGAAGUUGGUGGUGGUUGUCUUGGCUGAUCGAAGCAACCGUUCUUCGACCGGAAAUGAAACCCUUGCUCCUUCUCCUCCGCCAGUCGGUUCUACCGAGCCACCAUCUCCGGCACCUUCCGGUGAGUCUCCGCCGGAUGGAACAGUCGAGAAUAACCCGACCCCGGCACCUAGUGAAGAGACUAAUCCAUCGAAAAAUGCCGCAACUUCUUUGGCGUUGAUGAGUGUCACUGGUUCUACUAUGGGAGCAAUGCUUGUGGCUUCAACUCUUGUUUUAGGUUUCUAAGAGGGAGUUUUCCAUUCAUGAAUUUGGGGUUCUUCCUUUAUUAUUAUUAAUUGUUUAGAUUUUAUAUUUAUUUGUUUGAUUUUCCUUUGUGGAUGUUUAU